CCGUUCUACGUCACUAUAUGUUGACGUGUGACUGGAUAGAGAGCCGCUGUCUUUUUCGCCAGGUAUCGCUAGCCAAUACUUCGUCAUAGUGAACCGACAGUGUUUUUACAAACACAUAAACUCUUAAUAAUGGCGGCUGACUGGGAAGAAAUUCGUCGGCUUGCCGCUGACUUCCAGAGAGCACAGUUUGCUGACACAGUGCAAAGGCUAUCUGAGAGGAAUUGCAUUGAAAUCAUUGCAAAACUGGUUCAGGAAAAGAAGCUGGAUGUGGUGCACACUCUUGAUGGAAAGGAGUACAUCACCCCAGCACAGAUCAGCAGGGAGAUCCGAGAUGAACUCUACGUCCAUGGAGGGCGAAUCAACAUCGUGGACCUCCAGCAGAUUAUCAAUGUGGACUGGGUCCAUGUUGAAAAUAGAGCAAGUGACAUUGCAAAGUCUGAUAAAGGGGUUCAACUUGUACUGGGACAACUUAUUGAUGACACCUACCUGGACCGUUUAGCUGAGGAGGUGAAUGACAAACUGCAGGAGGCUGGUCUGAUCAGUAUUGCAGAACUGUGCAAAAGCUACGACCUCCCAGGAGACUUCUUAACUGAGGAGUUGUUGAAGCGUCUUGGGAAGCUUAUCCAAGGAGAAAUGGAUCAGUACAACAGGGGAGUCAUAUUUACUCCAGCUUUUGUUGCUCGACACAAAGCCAGAAUACGAGGGCUUUUCAGCGCCAUCACAAGGCCAACACCUGUCAGCAGCAUGAUUGGAACAUUUGGAUUUCAAGAACAUCUUCUGUAUUCUGUCUUGGAGGAGUUGGUGAAUACUGGACGGCUGAAAGGAAGUGUGGUUGGAGGGCGACAAGACAAAGCUGUGUAUAUCCCUGAUAUUUACGCCAAAACACAGAAUGCAUGGGUGGACUCUUUCCUCCAGCAGAAUGGAUAUUUAGAGUUCGAUGCAUUGGUCAGACUGGGGAUCCCUGACCCCUCUAGCUACAUCAAGAAACGCUUCAAGUCCAACAAGCUGCUGUUCCUCAGAGCAGCCUGUGUGGGUCAAGCUCUGGUUGACCAGGUGGAGGCUUCUGUGGAGGAAGCUGUCACCUCCGCCACAUGGACUGACAUACAGCCGAUUCUGCCCAGCUGCCUGUCGAUGGAGGACAUUGGGAUUUUGAUCAACCAGGCUAUGAGGAACACUGAUGUCCAGUCCUCUGCUAGAGUACUGGGAGGCACAGUCGUCGUCAGUGAAAAAUUCCUCAGCAAUUGCCUCUCGUUAUUUGAUGAGGCCAUGCAGCAGAAAGCUCAGAAGGAAGUCAAGAACAAUCCAGUGUUUCUGAUAACUGAAGAUGAUUUGAGGCAAGCAUCGAUGCUGACAGAGAGCUCAGCACCUUCUAAAAAGGAAAAGAGAGAAGCUGAACGCAGGAAGAAGGCUACAGAGGGCAGUGGCAGUGUGAAAGCAGGUGGAGGAGGCAAUGCCAGAGAAAUCCGGAUUCGUAAAACCAAGAAGAAAGGCAGGAAAGACGAGGACAGUGAUGAGGAAACCGGACCUUCACAACAAAAUCGCAGCAAACAGACUGAAGCCCCCUUCAUGGCCCGGGAGGAGAUAGUAGCUGUUUUAGAGGAAAGAGUGAGCGACUGCCCUGAAGAAAUCCUCUCUGAGCUGGCAGAGCAUUUAGUAAGGCCUCUGACUAAAGCCUAUCAGGAGGUCCUGCGGACAGUGUUCAUGUCCUCCACCAGCUCUCCAUCAGGGGCCAACAAGAAGAAGAGCAUGAAGGACCUACAGGAGGAGAUCUCCAACCUGUACAACAACAUCCGGCUCUUUGAAAAAGGCACCAAGUUCUUCUCUGAUGAAACCCAGGUCCACAUUGCCAAGCACGUCCUGAAGACUGUGUGCACAGACGUCACCAACAUCCUGGUUAACUUCCUGGCUGCUGACCUGAUGAUGUCUGUAGAGAACCCGAGCUCCAUUACCAAUGAGGUCAGAGUGAAGAUUUUGGGCAAACUGUCAGACGAGACCAAAGGGCCUCUCAUGAAGCUGCACAACUGCCUGAAUGGCAAAACUAUUGAAGACUUUCUGACAAACAUAGAGACCUGUGCUGAAGUGUGCGGAUUCAUGCUGAAGAAGGGAGACAAGAAAAAGGAGAGGCAGGCACUGUUUCUGCACCGUCAGGCUCUCAAUGAGCAGCUGAAGGAGACGGAGGACCCGGCUCUGGUUCUCCACCUGACCAGUGUGCUGCUGUUCCAGGCCAGCACGCACUGCAUGCUGCACGCUCCAGGACGUUGCGUGCCUCAGAUCACCGGCACACUCACAGGCCGAAUACCUACAGAGCAGCAGCAGCUGCUGUCUUCCUACCAGAGCUUGGUGGUAAAACAGCUGGUGAGCCAGAGUCAGGGCAGAAAGCAGGAGGAGGUGGAGGGCGACGCCGGCAAGGCAGAGGAGCAGGAUGAGGAGGCCAGGAACGUACGCACGCAGCUCAUGGCCCUGACUCCUCAGGUGAAGGAGCUGGUGCUGUCCCACCGGAAGACAUCUGUCACCGAGGACUGAUCUUUUCAAAGAUUAGAGAAAUGAAUGCUGCAAAUGAUCUACGAUGAGUCUUCUUAUGGUCUUACAUGUUCAGAUAAAUACGUUUAAGACUGCUACAUCAGCUGUUAAUACUGUAAUUCUAAAUCAUUAAAGUAAAUUCCUGUGUGGGAUGUCUCACUGUAAACCCAAGGUUCUGAUUGCCAUGCAUUUAUUAAAAGCACACCUCUUCCUCCCUCA